UAAAAAGGUUAUUUAAAAGUUAUUCAGUGAUGGCAUUACCACAUUAAUGUAACAGAUCUGGAAUUACCGUAAUGUGAAAAAUACACAUGCUUGUCUGACUAAAUGAAUUAAAGAGGAACCAGAAUUUUUGCUGCAAUAUAUUGGUACAAUACUACAUAGAUACCAUACAUAUAAUAUUUUAAGAAAGAUUUGUAAAUAUAAAGUUGAAAUAACAGUAUGUUCAAGAUAACAGCCAAGUUUGUUCAGGCAACCCAUGGGGGUGUACGGACCCUACAGAGAGGAAUGCAGACCUACACAAGAUAUGCUUACUAUUCAUUGAAUGAUCGUAAAGGAACACAAGAUGGGUCCAUGUCUCAGAAACCAUACCAGCCACGGUACAGUUUGGAUUACGACAGACCAGAAGAUUUUGUUAAAUCUCAGUGGUGCAAAAAUCAAAAUGACUCUGUCAACUAUGCAAUCUACAGAACGUUAGUGGCCUUGUACUUCCUGUUUGUGGUGAUGUACUCGGCAAUAGUUGGAACUCUCAAGAUGAAGAUGUUUAUAAUGUUAACUUACUGGUCUCUAUAUACCCUAACAGCAUGCCAAGUCCUUAGGGCAGUAAAUGUGUGGCAUUACAUCUCUCUGAAAAAGCAGAAGAAAGAAUUGCAGAUGAUAAAAAGAUUGAAGUGGCAGUGGACUUUGUAUAACAUCUCAGUAGGUACAGCACCAAUAGUAGCUACAUUAUAUUGGGGUAUAGCUUAUGAUGGAUCUGGAUAUAAUUUCAUCAAUGUAAACACACAUGGAGUCAAUGCUGCAUUUAUCCUGUUAGAUACAUUCAUAACCAGAAUGCCUGUCAGACUACUCCAUGUUUACCAGAGUUGGUUGUUUGGGUUUACUUACAUAAUAUUUACCAUAAUUUACUGGUUCUUCGGAGGAUUAAACCAGUUUGGUCAACCAUUUAUUUACUCUGUUCUAAAUUAUGGGCGGUCACCGAAAACAGCAUUAAUAUAUAUAAUGGCUAUAGGUUUUAUAGUUUGUCCAUUAAUACACAGCUUUGUAUUUUUUCUGUACAGAUUCAGGGUGUUUAUUCAUAGAUAUUUGACCACUAUGGAUAAAAGAGAAGCACUCGUUCAUAACAGGGAAAAAUAGACUUCAGUAUUAUAUAUUAUAUUUUUUUCUAGUUUGUCUUUCACACGUAUAUUUCUAUAAUGCUCAAAUUGGAGCUAUGCAAUUGCUCAUAUUGAAGCUACAUACUUGCCUUAGCUAUUAUUUUAUUUGUUUUUGUUUAGUCAAUAUAAAUGUUAUUGUUCAUGUUCAUCUAAAGACAUGUUUAAAAAUCAAAUGAAUUGAAUCAUUGUAGAAUUAGAAGAUCUGUUUAAUAUAGUGGUUUGCUGUGAGUAAGGAGUAAUUUUUGGUUCGUUUAGGGAUGGAAAAUCCAAUUCAUUUUUGUGUUAACAUUUUCAUUACAAUAAUUGUAGCCAUUUUCAGCUGCAGUAUAAAAACACUAUAUUAGGUCAAUGUCAGAAAAAAUAUCAACUUUUUUGUAUUUGUCACAAAACAGUUAGGGGCUCAGUAAACCUUCCCAAGAUUCUGAGUCUCAUACAAAAAUUUUUAUAUAUUUUUAACAUUGACCUAAAUUUUAUAUUUAUUUUUCACUUCAUGCUAAGGUUGCAUUACAUAGUAAUUCAUCCGUCAGUCCCUUUGUUUUUCCUUGGUACAUACAUCACAGAUAUUUUUCUAUCUCUUGGUUUCUCAGUUGAAUCUCGUUAUUUAUUUAUUUUUUUCAUAUUAAGAACAAGAGAUUUUUUUUUCAUAAGACCAAGAGUGUUUUUCAUAAGAAGUUUAUCAUUUUGUCAUGCAUGAACUAUUGUAAUAAGUAUGCCAUUGUUUUUAUUGAAAUUCCAAAAUAUGUAUGCUCAGUAUAAUUUUGUGUUAUGUAUUGUGCCAAUUUCUACCAAUAUACCAGAAUUCUGUUGAAUUAUUUUUGUUUUUCUAAACUUCAAAAAAUAACUUCUGUCUACUACAGGUAAUUAAAUAAAAACAAAAAUAAGUACCUCUUCAAUGUCUAUUUCUGAAAAAACAGCACAUAUUAAUUUUGCACUUAACCAAUGGCCUUAUAAAGUUAGACUGUUUAAACUAUAUGUUUUGCAAUAACUAAGCUGGUCUUUUUUUUAUAUACAAUUCAAUGCAAUUUAUGUAGUUGUCAUUCCUGUGUAUGAAAUUUUUAUAUUAUAGUAUUGUCUGUUAUAUUUUACCAUUAUUUUUUUUAUACAUAGGUAUGUAGUAUGAUGUGUAAAAAUGAUAAUCUUAUUUUGCUUAUACUAGAAGGUCUUCUCGCAAAAAAACUCAUGACAAUAAUGAUCACAGGUUAUAUACUCUUUUGUCAAGAAUUUACAGCAAUUAUUCCCUGGCUUAUAUAUUUUUUUAUGAAAAGAUUAAUAAAUUUUAUAUUUAGAAAGGAAAUAUGCUAAAGUCUAAAAUAAGUUUGAAACUAGAGUUCCUGGACAUAAUAAAAAAUUAUUAUUGAAUAGACAUCCAUGAAAUUGAGGAUACAAGAGUGAUUUGAAUGAUGUUUUUUUUUAACAAUAUUCAUUUUGACAAGAAAUAAGUGAUAAUUACUGUUGAAGGAAUUCGAUAAAACAGCUUUCAUCAAAUGCAAGAAGGGAGAUAACUCUUUUCUGAACUUUAUUGAAAUGGAUGCUUAAAAAUCCAUGAAUUGCUAAUUUUGAAUUAAAAAUAAUGGUCAUCUGUGAGGGAACCAUGAUCCCCAAGUGCAAUUGGCCAAUGGAAAUAUAGUUUGGCACUGCAACAAACUUUCUGUGCAUAAUAUUUUUUCAAUCAAAUAUUUGUUUCUGAACAAUAGCUUCAUGUUUGUGCAAGAAAUAAAUUUGAUUAAAUUAAAACUUAUGUAAAUCUUUAUCAAACUGCUCCUACAAUAAUAAUAAUAAUACUUUAUUCAGAAGCAAUACAGCUUAUCGAACAUACAUUUUUACAUCAAAUUUUAAAUGCAUCAGUGUAAUAUUAAUAACAAUAAUUAUACAAAAUACACAUAUGGCGGAGAAUGACAAUAAAUUCAUAUGAUAAAUAAGGAAUAAAACUACAAAAUGUAUGUAUUACAGAUUUUUUCGAUGUUGAACAAAAAUUUACAUAAAUUAUUAAGUUCUUUCACAUUGUGAACUGAUAACAACUGUAUAAGUUUAAAAGUUGAUGGUUUUUGCCAAUAAUAUUUCUUUAAUAUAUUGUUUUCUUAUAUCACUAUAUCUAUUACAUUCUAAAAUAAAAUGGUAUUCGUCUUCAACAAUAUUGCUAUUGCACAUAGUCUAUUUUCUCUAUCUACAUUGUAAUAUUUGCCUAUCUCAAUAUUGAGGCUAUGGGCAGAGAUACGAUAUUUAUAUAUAUAAGGUUUAUAUAUUUGAUUAACAGGUCUACAAAGAUUAGACUUAAAUUUGAAGAUUGAACAAAACUAGUGAUCUGGUUUAUUUAUUGAUUUCUGAAGCAAGCUGAACAGAAUGAAUGACCUUUUAGUUGACAUAGUCAGAUGAUACUGUUUUUUCAUUCCUGGUUAUUUUUAUAUAUAAGUAUUGUUUAUUUAUGGUUUGACCAAGAUAUUCAUAUUUGGGAUGGCUGUUUAAUAUAUAUAUAGAGCUCAUUAUAGAAAUGUUUUGCCAAAAUCAAAUGUUAUUGAAUUUUUUUCAAAUUAAUCAUGGUGCUGUGUUUUUUAAAAGAACUAAACUUCUCAUGUUGAAUCAUUUUUAUUUCCCUGUUCAUCAUAUUUGGCAUGCAUUGUUUUGACUCAUUAGAUUUCAUUCAAGAUUUUUCAUCUUUCGUGUAUUGCUGAUUUAUAACACGCAAGUUUUUGUACAUUUCCUACUAUUAAUGCACUGAUUUAAAGGAAAUAUGAUAUACAUGUUAUUUUUUAACCCUUUUUGCUUAAUACAACAAAAGUUUGUCAUAGAUCUUGAAGGUGUUUUUUUUACAAUGGGAUGAAGUUACUUGUAAUUUUAUAAAUUCAAAAUCAUUAACAAGCAAUGAAAACUUAUAAGUAUUGUACAAGUUGCAAAACUGUUUUUCUUUAUUAUAAAGCAUUUGUAGUUAGUAGUAAGAGUACAUUCCUGUAUUUUUGCAGUUUUAUAAAUUAAACUUUACACAGAUCAUUCAUGCUUCCAUAUUUCUAAAUAAAUAUAAAAUCAUUUUGCAUAAUGAACAAAAUUUCAUUUGUGAUGGCCAUUAUAAAAAUGUGAUAUUUAGGAAUCAAUUAAAAUGAGAUAUUUUGUGA